UCGACAUUGAGUGAUUAAUGUCAGAAUGUUAGCAGAAGAAAAAGUCUAUGUAAUAUUUGUACUGAAAUCUUGUAGAGAAUGUAUAUUUUGCUUCUACAGUUCGAAAAAUGUACAAUAAAUAACAUUCUAUGGAAACACGUCAAACAAUCAGGUCUAAUGUAUGCAUUUAUUUUUUCAAUUUUUUUCAUAACAGGAAGAGGAAGGGGAUUGUCCGAGAGUGUCCGGGAGUACAUAUGGCGAGGCAUGAAUGUAUUGAUUCUUAUCGAUUGUUCAGCGUCGAUUGUUCAAUAUUAUUUGAAUUAUGAUGAUUUUGUAAAUAUUGAUAUGUGUUAAUAUCAUUUGUAAUAAUCUGUCGUAUACAUUAACAUUUUUUGUAAUAACUAGUUAAUAUUAAAUAAUAGUAAUAACUAGAUUGCUAUCUCGUGUAACAUAUAUUAUAUCAUAACAUAACCUACACGUGUUGUUAUGCAAAGUUGAAUACAAGUUGAUUUUACUUAUGUCAUGCGUGCAGACAUAGACUAAAAUGUUGUUACUAUAAGUGUCUUAAAAAUAUCACGAAAUGUCGGAAGAAAUUAAAAAAGGAAAGAAGAAGCAGAUGAAGAAAGAAAAAACAAAUCAGAAGGAAAAAAAACCAGAAGAGAAUGUGAAAGAAACUCCAAAUGAAAACGUCAACUCAAAAUUUGGUCCAUCCGUGACAUUUCCAUAUCAAAGGGUAUGGUCACGGUGUGCUCUAAUUCUGGCAGUAUUAUUCGUAGUAUGGUAUAAUAGCAGGCAAGGCAAAGAAGUUUAUUUUGCGAAGCAAAAAGAGAGUCUAAUAACUCGUACGCAAUAUCUUGAUUGUUCGAAUGAUUAUAAAACAGAACUAAACAAAUAUCCUGAAUGUACACCAGAAAAAUGUGGUAGGGUAGUUACAGAUAAGUUAGUAUCAUCAACAGAGACAGAUGUUUUAUUAAGGAUAGCGACGAGUGGUUUGAAUUUAGGUGGUUCCGAUGGAGGUGCAAGUAUUUUAGACCUUCAUACCGGUGCACUGAGUAAAGGCAAAGCUUUUAUUGAUAUUUAUACAUUGCCAGAAGCUAAAAAAAUAUUUAAUAGCGCAGACCUUGCGAUUUAUAAAGUAGUGAAAACUAAAAUACAUCAUGCAGUAGCACAUCAUUUUGGAGUACCUGCCAAUAAAAUAUAUUUAACAAUGCCUACAUUCUUUUCACGAAUGACUAAUGUAUCUGCAAAGACCAUACAUGAUGAAUACUGGCACCCACAUGUUGAUAAGGAAACGUACAAAUCAUUCUUUUAUACUUCCUUGCUUUAUCUAAAUGAUUAUGGGAGAGAUUUUGAGGGAGGUCGUUUCAUAUAUGUGGACAAAGAUAAUGUUAAUACAACAGUGGAACCUCGAAAAGGCAGAGUGUCGAUGUUUACUUCCGGUAGUGAAAAUUUACAUGCAGUUGAAAAAGUGCAGUUUGGAAUUCGAUAUGCAUUAACUGUGUCAUUUACAUGUGACCCAAGUGCUGCAAUUUCUGAUCCAAGUUAUCCGAAGAAACGAGAAAAGUAAAUCAGUUUCAUGUGCAGGAGGUAUACAUUCCAUUUACUAUUUUAUAGCUGAUGUUGAAGAUACAUAUCUCAUUGAAUAAAAUUUUAUUUCUAAGAAA